AUCCAUUUAUUAUUCUAAUUUAAACAUUAACUUAAACAAUAUCUAAAACAAACAAAAAUGAACGGUAAAAAUCUAUUAAACAAUCUGAUAAAAACAAAUUAACUAACAAUCGAAGAAAUCAAAUAAUUCAUAUACGAACACGAAAACUAAAAUAAAAGUGAAAAAAGCUAUUUCAAAUAAAAUAAAUUCUUUAAUACUCAAGAACUUAAAAAACACGGUUAUGAAAUGAUAAAUAUAAUCUGCAAUCUCUACGAAAACCUUGAAAAUUUUAAAGUAUUUCCUUAAAUAGAAAUCGGUCAUUUAAGAAAUUCCCUUCCUUCUUCUCCCCCAUAAACUGGUGAAGAUUUAACCUAAAUACUAUCUGAUACAAAAAAUAUUAUAUUCCCUUGUAUAACAUAGUGGCAACACCCUAAUUUUUUUGCCUAUUAUCCUUCUUCGGUUAGUCAUGCGACUUCUAUAGCUGAAUUGUUUGCUUCGACUUUUCAUUCUCCAGGCUUUACAUGGGCCGCUUCUCCUGCUCAAACUGAAUUAGAGAAUAUUACAGUCGAUUGGGUUGCCUAGAUGUUAAAUUUACCUGAAGUUUAUUAGUUAAAAAAUGAAGGAGGAGGUACUAUAAGCAUGAGUGUUAGUGAUGCUUUUCAUUUAGUUAUACAUGCGGCUAAGUAAAGGAAAAUAAUAGAUCUCAAAAUUGAUAAUUAUGACCCCAAAAUUUUCCAGUUUUCGGCUUAUUAUUUUGAGCAUUCCUUUGUGACUUGUGAAAAAGCUUUGACACUUAAAGAAAUAUAACAUACUAGGAUAAUUGAGUGUUACUAUGAUAAAGAAAAAAAGAAUUUCUAACCCAAUAUUAAGGUUUUUAAAUAAGUAAUUCAAAAAGAUGUCGAAAACGGAUUAAUUCCUUUCUUUUGUUUAGCUACUUAUGGUACUACUUCAACAUGUGCAGUGGAUCCGUUUGAUGAUAUUAUAGAUAUAUGUAAAUAAUAUGGAAUGUGGUUAAAUUUGGACUCGGCUUAUGGAGGUCUUACUUGGGUUUGCCCAGAAUUAUAAAUGAAAAAGCAUCAAUAAGUACUAUUAAGUGUAGAUUCUAUGUAAAUAAAUUUUUCUAAAGCUGGUUUAAUAGGAACUAUAGGAUAACUUUUGGUAUAUAAGGAUAUUAAGAACUUAUUAGAAAAAAUGUGA